AAACUGUUCCGGUCCGCCGCCGCCGCCCCGCCCGCCCGCCCGCCCCGUGCUUCAUCGGCUCAUCGCUGCCCGAAUUCUUCGGCGGAGCAACGCGAUCCCUGCACGCUCUCAUCGCUCCCGCGCUGCCGCAGAAGAUCCAUUUUCUGAAAUUGGCGCUGAGUCGUGCACACAACGAUUUCUUCUUCAAGUGGCAAUGGAUCCCAAGGGUCUUGACAGCGAUAAGUCGGCGAGUAGGCUCUAUGUGGGCAAUCUGGAUUUUAGGAUAUCAGAGUCUGACGUUAUCAAGAUGUUCUCCCCCUAUGGAAAGAUCAUAGCUGAGGAUUUCCUGUUGCAUACGCGUGGCCCGAAGCGAGGCGAGCCUCGUGGUUAUGCCUUUGUUCAGUACACUACCAAAGAGGAAGCUCAGUUGGCAAAGGAGAAGAUGAAUGGCAAGUUGGUCUGUGGACGUCCUGUGGUGGUUCACCUAGCGAGCGAGAAGUGUUUCCUAGAUUCCGGUAAUUCACAAAGAGCACUGAAAGACAAGAAACUGGCAGGUGGUUCGGGAAGCAAAUUAGCACAAACUGAUCGUGCUGCAAAGAUAUCUGCGAUAAAAAACAAGUUGAAGUCUCUGGAGAAUGAUGGCUGUAGCACAAAAAGACCAAGACUUAACCCAGAUGACUUGAAAAGCACUGGAGAACAAUCUGAUAAGAAGCUUUGAAGUGAGCUUAGUCAGCGCAUGGGAACAGUGCCCUAUUAUGCUGGUUGCAUGGUUGAUGGUGUUGCAGUUGUAAUACUCUAGCUUUAUUAAGGUAGACAAACUAAAGGUGUAACAUUACACAGUUCACCGGAUUUGUACAACUGUUUGCACUAAUCACCAUUGUCCAAGUAACAAUUAAGUCUUAAUGGAGAAACCAUUUUCCAAUCUAGUUAUCCAGUUAAUGCUGGUCUAUGCAGCUGAUCUUCAGCCCACCCCAUAUACUUGCCCAA